AAUACAAUUAAUUCUUAUAAUCUUCAAUUCAUUCUGUUAAUUUAUUACAUAUUCAAAGAAAAUGGACUCUAACAGCGCAAGCUUCAAUGCUGGACAGGCCAAGGGCCAAACAGAGGAAAAGGCUAGCAAUAUGAUGGACAAGGCAAGCAAUGCUGCUCAGAGUGCCAAAGAAUCAGUACAAGAGACUGGUCAGCAGAUGCAAGCAAAGGCUCAAGGAGCUGUUGAUGCUGUGAAGGAUUCAACAAACAAGAGCUAAUUAUGUUUGAUGGAUCAUGCAUCUAUUAAUUAACUUUCAAUUAUUGAUUUUCAAAAUUGUUUGAAAGGGCAUAUAUUAUAUGUUAAAAUAUGCUCUCUUUUUGUUUGGUAAUAGUUUUUCUUUUUUGAGAUUUUUUAUGUGUGAAACACACAUAAGAAAUACACAUUUUCA